AUGCUUCAGCGCUAUGAGCUGCAGCAGGGCUUCCUGCCUCGCGUGAAACCCUACCUGGGGCUUACUGUCAUAGGGGGAGGGGAGAUCGACUCCCACGCGGAAGUGGUACGCUUCAACGAGAUUGUUGGCAACAAGCUGGUGCCGGAGGAGACAGGCGUCAGGACUUCGGUGCACGUCAUGUGCUCCAAGGUGGCGCCGCUCCAGGACACGGCGGUCCUCGAGAUCGACUUGGAGACGGACACGGCGUGGAGAACCUACUGCGGGAGGAUGCACACCGGCGGUGAGUUCGCCAACAUCACUGACAGGCCGCUGAUGAUCAGACCGAGCGCGCACUGCGUGAUCAGCGCAGGCCACAUGCAGAGCUGGACACGGGGGUUCUUGUUCUACUGGUUCGUAGGCCGACUGUUCAGCAACGCGGACUUCUACGGCUUCAGCGGCAACGGACACUACAACAACCCGCAGCCGAUCUGGGAGAAGUGGCUUCCGUUUGAGCACCUCUUCUACCAG